GGAACACAAUUAGCAAGAACAAAAGGAAACAUUUAAACUAGACUUAACAUUGGAGAUGGGGCCAAAUGACUCGAUCUUAAGGAUCUUCUCAGUUGUACAUUCAUGACAUUAGUGGAAGACUCACCAAAGAACUUCGCGUUGAACAAGUAAGUGCUUCUUCUGUGAUAAUGGACUCCUUCAACUCUUCCAUGGUACCUUGAGACAUGAAUGAUGUCAACAUCUGUGUCUCCAAAGUCUUCUCUUUUAUCGGAAUAAAAAAGAAACCUUUGAUGGAUUCCAUGGGGACUAAUGUUUCUCCAGCAUCUCUCAGGAACAGAGGAGCUUCAAAAGAGAGUGGUAUAAAAGCGGUUUCAAUGGGAUGUCGAUUGGUGAAGACACAGCCAGAACUGCAAGAUUAAUUGAAUCCUUGUUGGAAUCCAUUUCUGAGAAAAUCAUAUUUUUGGCGAGCAAAAAAUCAGAAAAGAAGGGUUUUCUUGAAUGUGCAUGCUACUUUUAUCGAGUUUCAGUUGUGUUAAUGGAGAUACAGACAGCCGAGACUGAGAGCGUCCUAAUAAGUUCAACUGAUAUUCUUGAAUCUCUGUCAGAUAGUAUAGAUGAGGCCAAGAAUAUCAUUGAAAAAUACCAAGAAAGUAAUGGAGAAGAAUCAGCCACUAACCUGAGCAGCAGCAUUGAGGAAGAACUUGAAGGCAUUGUGAAACAGAUUGGUGAAAACUUGCAAUCCAUACCAGAAUCAACAUUCGAUGAUCAAGAAUAUGCAGGACGUGUUGUCCAAUCUCUUUCAAAAGAGAUGUUGAAUGCUAAAUUCGGGGAUAGCAAAAGCGACAUCCCGGAAAUUGUGCAGCACACAAAGCAGACACCUUCAGGUAGCAAAACACUAGAAACAAUGUCAGAGCAAAUAGAGACAGAUCUCUAUCCCACUGAUCCAGAGGUUUCCUAUGGAAGUUGUUUGAUCUCAAGUGAAUCAAAAGUGACUGAGAUAGAAAGCAGCCCAAGCCAGAGUACAUAUAAUAGCAGCCAAAGAAAUUAUGGGAGGCUAACCGAAUCCUUAUCAAUGUUACCACAGGUGACACAGUUCAUCGAGCCCCCGUACCAAGCGUUCAUCUGUCCAUUGACUAAGGAAAUAAUGGAAGAUCCAGUCACCAUAGAAACAGGAAUCACCUGUGAAAGAAAGGCAGUAACAGAGUGGUUUGAAAGAUUUAUAAACCCUGAUGAAAUUUACUGCCCAGUUACAGGGCAAAAGUUGAAACCCGGAGUAAGUUCCAACAUUGCCCUGAAAACCAUCAUUGAGGAAUGGAUAAGUGAUAAAGUCGAAGUGGUGGAAGCUGCAUUAUCUGCAAUAUGCACACUACUAGAUGACAAAGUAGAUGUAGAGAAAAGUUUGAGCACGCUCAGUGAAAUGAAUGGAGAUGGCUGGAAAGAGUACAACAAGGUAAAAGUAUGUGAAGCUGGCAUACUCCAGUUGCUUGACAAAUUCCUGGUGUACAGAGACAAGGAUGUGAGGUAUGAAGUUCUGGAGCUGUUACACAAAAUGGCAGAAGACAGCAAUGCUGGAAAGGAAAUGAUUGCGAGGACAAUAAACAUUUCAUGUAUCAUCAAACUUUUACCCAGCAGUCACCAACAAUUACGGCAUGCAGCACUGCUCGUAUUGCUCGAGCUCUCCACAUCUCAGCAUGCAUGUGAAAGGAUCGGGACAGCUACUGGUGGGAUAUUGAUGCUAAUCACCUCAAAGUAUAACAGAGAUAUCAAUGCCUUUGCCUCAGAAACAGCCGAACAAAUCUUAAAACAACUGGAAAAAUUCCCUGAUAACAUCAAGCGGAUGGCAGAAAAUGGGCUACUGGAACCUCUUCUAAACCAUCUCGCAGAAGGAACUGAAGAUGUGCAGGUGGCAAUGGCAACAUACCUCGUGGAAAUUGUCAUUGGACAUGACAAGAAAACAUAUGUAGCUGAGAAGGCUUCUCCUGCUCUCAUAAGGCUUGUGCAGAGUGAAAACACUGAGGCCAGACGGGUGGCAUUUAAAGCUCUUGCUCAAAUUUCACUGUAUCAUCCAAACAGCCAAAUACUUGUUGAAUCUGGAAUUGUCAAAAUCAUGGUCGAAGAGAUGUUCACCAAGCGGAUGUUCAGCGAUCUGAUGAACUCCCGGAAUGAAGCUGCUACAGUACUUGCAAACAUACUGGAAUCUGGGUUGGCACAUGAAGGCUUCCAGGUGAACACACAUGGCCAUACUCUGGCUUCUGAUUACUUUGUCUACAAUAUCAUCCACAUGCUCAAGAACUCAAGCCCAGAUGAGCUAAACAUUGAUUUGAUCAGAAUUCUCCUAUCCUUGUCAAAAUCAUCCAACACAAUGGCAACUAUUGUCUCAGUGAUCAAAGAAACUGAUGCAAGCUUUGCCCUGAUCGAACUCAUCAACAAUCCUCACGAAGAUUUAGGCGUUGAAGCAAUCAAACUUCUCAUAGCACUAUCACCCUACAUUGGUCACACGCUAUCAGAAAGAUUAUGUAAGACAAGAGGUCUACCUGAGAAUCUUAUCCAAUGCCCAACAGAAGCAAGUCAUAUUUUAGAGAGGCAUGCUGUUUCAGCCAAAUUCCUCGCCAAACUGCCUCAACAAAACCUGACUCUUAAUCUAGCUCUGGUAAGCGACAGUGUCGUGUCUAAAAUUCUUAAUGCAAUCCACCUGAUCCAAAGAAGUGGAACAAGAACAAGCAGGUAUGCCACUGAUUAUCUGGAAGGUCUUGUAGGCAUUUUAGCAAGAUUCACUGCCACCCUGUAUGAACCCCAAAUGUUGUACCUGGCCAUAAACCACAAUUUGACAUCAGUAUUCGCUGAACUGCUGAUGAAAACAUCGAGCGAUGAAGUUCAAAGGUUAUCAGCAACUGGACUAGAAAAUCUAUCAUCAGCAACACCGACUUUAUCAAGACCUCCACAAACUAGGAGCACAAAAUUCAUGGCAACACUUAGCAUGCCAAGGUCUUUGUCCAUCGGGUCAUCAAGAAAGAAGCAAAUACAGAUUUGCCCGAUCCAUAGGGGGGUAUGUUCUUCAAAGAGCACAUUUUGCUUGGUAGAAGCAAACACAGUCACAAAGCUUGUGGCAUGUUUGCAGAGUGAUAAAGUCGAAGUGGUGGAAGCUGCAUUAUCUGCAAUAUGCACACUACUAGAUGACAAAGUAGAUGUAGAGAAAAGUUUGAGCACGCUCAGUGAAAUGAAUGUAGUACAGCAUGUCCUGGAUGCAGUCAAAGAACACAAGAAAGAGACUCUAUUACAGAAAGCAUUUUGGAUGAUUGACAAGUUCCUGACCAGAGGAGGAGAUAAAUACGCCUUAGGCAUAUCGCAAGACAGGAUGCUCACAGGGAUGUUGGUUGGCGCCUUCCACCGCGAAGAUGGUAACACAAGGGAGAUGGCUGAAAACAUUUUGAGGCGCUUGGACAAGAUGCCGAGUUUCUCAACCUAUAUCGUAUAAAAUCCUAAAUUUGAAAGCCUGUAA